AAUAUAGAUGGUCUACUAUCAGUAUACACAAACAUGAGGGGUUGCCUUUAAUCUCGCUUCAGUUUUCGAAAUUGAGAACGAUGAGGUCGGUUGAACUUUUCAUGUUGCCUCCAUAUAGAAAUAGUUAAAUAAUCCAAUCAUUCGACUGCCUCAUUUUACGUAAAAGUCUUAUUCUAUGGAGUAAUUAACUUUGGCGAUUAGUAAGAGAGGUUAACGAUCGGUACGAAUAAAGGAUAACUAAAUAAAUAUAAAUAUGGAGGCAGGAUAAAUAUAAUUUUUUGUAAUAAUAUUACAAGAAAUAUAUUAUAACGAUUGUAAACAGGAAUAUAUGAUUUGUAAGGAAUUAGAUAUUUAUAUAUUCAUCUCUACAAAUUGAUUAUGAGUGGCAGAGAAAGUAACGAAACUAAGUGCGAGAGAAGCUCUAGAAGCAAACGACAUAGAAUGAAAGAACAGACGCAAUCUACCCAUAGCGAUGGAUCUGACAGCAAAUUAAAGAGAAGAAGUGCAUGCAGUAAGGAUAAGAGAAAAAAGUCAAGACAUAGAAGUAGCUCGAGUAGUUCCAGUUCUUCCAGUACUUCCAGCCAUGAUGUUAAAUUGCAGAAAACUAGGAAAAAGAAAAAAGAUGAUGAUCGUACAUUUAAAGAAUAUAAGAAUGGAAUUAUACCACAAAGAAUGGACAGGACUGUGAACAAUUAUAAAGGUUCAAGAAAUUACAAUGUGCUCCCACAUAAUUUCAGAGAACGUGGUAAUACAAGUAUGAGAGGAUCAUAUAAAUAUGGAAGAUUUUAUAAUAGAAAUAGAAGAAUACCGUAUAAUAAUUAUCAAUACUACAGGCGCAAUAAUGAGGGGAGAAAUUAUUAUACACAUUAUAAUAAUAGAGUACCUAAUUACAAUAGAUCACGAAAUAAUCAAGAUCAAAACAUUGAUUAUCAAAGAAAUUCAAACAAGGAUGCAUCUAACCAAUUUGUGAGAGAAAGCAAUUCUAGAGACAGCAGUUCCAAACAAGAGAAAUGUUCUUUAAAAAUAGAUAAAAUACAGAAUAUAAAAACCAAUGUAGAUCCUUCCCAUACAAAAACUAGGGAGAAAAGAAAAGCUGAUUGUUUGGAGGGAAAGCCUGAUCAUCGUACUCAAAAAAAGAGAAAAAGAAGAUCUUCCUCUUCUUCAAGUUCUUCCAGUACAAGUAGUACUAGCAGUGGUAGUAGCAGUAGUAGCAGUACCAGUAGUAGCAGCAGUAGUAGCAGCAGCACCAGUAGUACCAGCAGUUCUGAUUCUUCUGAAGAUGAAAGAAAACGUAAAAAACAGAAGAAGAAGGCUAAAAGAGUUAAAAAAAAUGUAAAAAAGCAUAGAAAGAAGAGGAAGUUAAAGAAAAAUCCAAAGAAGAAGUUGAAAAAGUCAUUGGCUACUGAAAAUAAAAAACGUACUUCUGAUAAAUCCAAGGAUACUGUUACAGAAAUUUCACCAGAAAUGUCAGAGAGAGCCAAAUUAAUGGCUCCUAUUACAAAAGAAGAAUGGGAAAAAAAACAAAGUUUAAUACGUAGGGUAUAUGAUGAGGAAACAGGAAGAUAUAGAUUAAUUAAGGGAGAUGGCGAAAUAAUAGAAGAAAUUGUUAGCCGAGAACGUCAUAAGGAAAUAAAUAGACAAGCAACCAAAGGAGAUGGAGAUUACUUUCAAGCACGAUUAAAGGGAAACAUUUUGUGAAUUAUUUUUAUAUAUAAUAAAAGUUACGCUUUUUUAAUAAUUAUUAAGUUAUUGUGAACAUCAGUAUCCUGUAUUAUUAAAUCUCUAUUAUUAUAUCUGUUUUGUAAUGUCUCAGAAACAGCUUACGAUCUAAGAUAUUUUAAAACAUAAUGUUUGGACAAAUCUUGUAGUUCAUAAUAAAGUUAUAAAAUAAUUA